AACAGUUUGAGUGCAGUAUUAGUAACUGUACAUCGUGUUGUUUUUUUUUUAAUUGAGAUGAGAUCUUUGUUACUUUUGAGUUUCGUUGCAGCAGUAGUUUUGUCAUCAUGUUUGGCUAGCGAUCUAAAUGUAGGCAGGGUUUACAACGCUCGGAUAGUUUUCCGAAAAAAAGCUAACUACCAUGCAAUUCCGUUAAAGAAGAGAGUGAAGGAAGUUUUCUAUGCAGAUCCGCAUCAACAGAUACUCAGGGGUAUAAUAGCAAAAGAUCUGGAUCACUCGGAGAGCAACGCAACGAUAACUGCAGGCGGCGUGGGCUUCAGUUUCGCCAACAUUCGGCUAAAGAGCGCCAGGGGACACGGCCUUAACUACCAAAUUGAGAUGUUUGUGUGAACACAACCAUGAAUUAAAUAUUCUCUUACACAACGCAAGUAGGUAUUUUAUUAUUGAAUCAAAAAUAAAUGCACUUUUGUUUUGUUUACAUGUCAUAUUAAAUGUGUAACUAAUUCUCACAUUUGCUA